UACCCAAACGGCUGCUGGGUAGCCGGCCGGGUGCGGGUGCCCGUGUGUCGUGAGGUCCGAGCACACUCGCUGUCAGAUCCUUUAUAUUUAACAUACUCAGAAAUGAAAAGAAAGGGAAUGAAUACAAAACUGAGAUUGAGUCCUAGUGAAGAAGCCUUCAUUCUGAAGGAAGAUUAUGAAAGAAGACGAAAACUACGAUUGCUACAGGUUCGAGAACAAGAAAGGGGCAUUGCCUUCCAGAUAAGAGAAGGCAUAAAACAGAGGCGAAGUCAGCAGGUUUCUCACUUGGCUGAGGAGCUAAGGGCAAAAUGGGAAGAAGCACAAAGUCAGAAAAUACAGAACUUGGAAAAACUGUAUUUGGCAAGUUUAAGACAUAUGGGAGACGGACAUCGACAGGCUAAAGAAAAUGAACCUGACUUGGAUGCUCUUUCUCGGCGGGCAGCAGAAAGAAAAAGAAAAGCAGAAGUGAGGCAUAAAGAAGCCCUAAAAGUGCAGAAAAAUCAAAAAGAAAUGUUAAUGAAACAGAAAACCAGGCACAUAAAAGCUCGAAAGGAAGCAGUGCUUGUGGAAAAACAGAGAUCUGCUAAAAUGGCCAGGCUGCCACCGCCUAUUCCAUCCCCCUUUGAGAACAUUGACAUGAACAGAAUUCCUUCAUUGAAAACUAACAGUUCCACCUACCAUCAUAUUUCCACCUUUGUGAGUACACAGAUGGGUACAAAGCAGCCAGAUGCUCAUUUGGCUGCUGAAGAAGAAGCUAGACGAGUGGAAAGACUACAGCAACAGGCGGCACAGGAGAGAGUGGAACAGUUUGAAAGGGCACAUGUGCGGGGAUCCCAAGCCAUGAAAAAGAUCCACUUGGCCCAAAACCAGGAGCGAUUGAUGGAAGAACUCAAACAGCUGCAGAAAGAGGACCUGGCCCGUAGGAGGCAGACCGUGGCACAGAUGCCGCCACAGCUGCUGGAACUGCCAUACCGACGGAGUGAGAUGAAGGAAGACUGGCAGCGCGAGCUGGAGUUUGCCUUUGAAGAUAUGUACAAUGCAGAUAGGGAGGUGAAAGGAAACCUGAUUUUGCAUCUUAUGCCAGAACCUUUGCCUACGUUGUCUGAUCAGCUCCAAGAUGAAGAACUGGACCUUUCAAUGGAACAAGAAAAUCAAGUGCCCUUGGCAACAAAGAUCCAACAAAUCCCCUCAAGAAUUCUUUUUAAAAGAUUAUUAAACAAGAUUAGAAGUCAACAAUCUCUCUGGACAAUUAAAUCUGUGUCUGAGGAUGAAGGUGAGGUGACUUCAAGCAUCACUGAGAUUGAGAGUAAAGUACCAAGCACGGACUUGGGAGCCAUUUCCACGGAGGAGAAAACAGCGGUGACCUUUGAGCAGGAGCAAGUCAUGGACAGUGAUAGGCUGACGAUAGAAUCUGGACCACUGAGCAGUGAAGAUAAGCCAUUGUACUACAAAACAGGGACUGGAAAGGAACAAGCAAUGGCUGUGUCUCCAUCUGCCACAGCUGUGGCUCAGAGUUCAGUCCUGCUUCAUCCUCAGGAAGAAGCAGUCAGAAUUCGAAUGUCAUUAAGGCGAAAACAGAUACUGGAGAUAGAAGAGCAGAAGCAGAAGCAGCUGGAGUUACUUGAGCAAAUUGAGCAACAGAAGUUAAGGUUAGAAACUGAUUGUUUCCGGGCUCAACUGGAAGAGCAAAGACAGCAAGCUGAUCAGCUUGAGGUUUGCUGUGCUCCAAUGUCACAUGCUAUGAUUUCUGAUGAAGACUCUCACAGGCAGAUGAUUCGUAACUAUCAACAUCAGCUUUUACAACAAAACAGGUUACACAAGCAGACUGUUGAAACUGCCAGGAAACGAUUACUCGAAUACCAAACUAUAUUAAAAGAAAGAUUCCCAUCCCUGUCAGCCGCAGCACUAGUACCUGAUUCUGUUGUGUCAGGGCCACCACAGCAAUCCCAAAAGCCUGCUGCUGCUGCUUCAGACUAUUGGGAGCCAAGCCAGAGACUGAAACUAAGUCCCAGCAAAUAUCAACCUGUGCAACCCUCACAGAUCCCUGCAUUAGAGCAGAGUCAUAUUCAGGUACCAAGACACCGUCACAUUCCACAGAGGCAAGGAAAAACGACUGUAUCAGAGAUGUUAUCUAAGCAGCCUAUGGAGUCACAAGAACGUCAGUGGCAGGUCUCUCAGGUGGAAACACAUCAGAGAGACUAUGAGUUCGUCCUUAAAGAUUCUCAUUCACUUUCAAGGACUUUGUCUUAUGUUAGGCCACAAACAUUACAAGAUGCUAGAGAAGUAUCUAAACCACCUAGGGCAAUAAUUUGUCAGAGUUUAGAUUCCCAACAGAUAUCAUCAGAGGAUAGUGAAACUAUAUCUUCUAAGCCAACUGAACCAUCUUUUCUCCCACUGGUACCUGAAUGCCCUUUUACUAGUCUCCCAGUUAAACUCGAAUCUGGAACAAUUCAGAAACCCUUUACAACCAUAAACCAGUCUGUAGUCAGUCAAAUGCAUGAUCAACCUUUGUCAUCCUCAGAGACUAUUACAGCUCAGCAGGAUGACUUAAGAUUUCUUCAAGAACAGUUAGAACUACAGAAGAAAGUUCUUCAGGCAAGACAAGAGGCUCAGGAAAAGGUGCUUUUAUGCACACAGAAAAAACUGGAACAGCAGACUGGUCUCCCAGUAUUCCUCCCUUCACCGGUUGGAAAUAUAUUUCCUUCAUUGCCCUCUGCCUCAGCUGAAUCAGGAAACUUUCAGUCAUCUUCAACAAAAAGUGAUGCCACUGUUUCCUCAGACAAUAUGGACAGGCUUUGGGAUUCUUCACAACCCAUCUCAUCACAGCAAACUAAUUUAGAAUUUCCCCAAGAGCAGUUCAGUGUUGAGAAGGAUAACCUCCAGGCUAGGCGGGAAGCCCAGGAGGUCUUGUUUGCACAUACACAAAGUAAGCUGGAUAAAAUUGUACAUUCUGAACAAGCUGGGUCUUCUUGGCCACAUCAGGUGGCUCAGCAGUCAUUUAGUUCACUAACAUUCGCUGAUACUCAACCUAGCAAAAUCCAGAAACAGCCUUUACCUACAAACAAGAAAGGACUACUCCCAAGCCAGUCUGAAGUCUCAAGAGCUCAGGAUGGAUCUUCAGGUUUUCUACAGCAGACCCUACCUCUCCAGAAUACUUUAAAUUUGCUUCAAGAACAGCUGACUAUUCAGAGGGGUAUGAUUCAGCCUAGACAUGAUGCUCAAGAGACAUUACUUUUAUAUAAAGAAAGAUGUUCAGGAGACAGUGAGGUUGGGCCAGUAGAUUCACUCUCCUCAGUGGUUGUUCAGCAUUCAGAUGCUUCUCAUGCAGUUUCAGAAGUUGUACCUAAGAGGCUCCAGGAACUGUAUUCAUCUAAUAAAGAAAAUACAGUUCUCUCCAGUCAUUUGAUCACCUCAGCAGUUCAGGAGGAGUCUCAUGGCUUUCCACAGCACAGCCUGCCAAGACAAGAACAUUUUACAUCACUCCAGGAAGAGACACACAUUCAGAGGGUUAUACAUUGUACUAGAAAAAAAAAUCAGGAAUUUGCUCCCAAACAAAAUGAAUUAGAAAAGGGCCUCUGUUCUCAACAGACUAAUGCCUUGUCUUCUCCAUCCCAAGUAACUGAAAGGGAAAUAUUCCAGGAGUCUGUAUCAGUCAAAAGUGAUAGUACAGAUCCCUUAAGACAUUUUAAGAUUCCAGGAUUUCGGGAAAGACUAGUUAGAGUUUCACAACAUACAUUCCCUCUACAAGAUAAUUUGCAGGAACACCAAGAAUGGGUAGACACAGAAAAAGAGAGCUUUCAAUCUAGUCCUCAAACUCCAGACAAUCCAUCUUCUCAACAGACAGGCUUUUCGUCCUUCAAACCCUCAUUAAGACUGCCAUCGUGUGUGUCCUUUCCGUCUGCUGACUCUGGUAUAACAAAGCACCCUCUCUCAACAGAGAGUGACAGUAAAGUAAAGUCAAGCCAUCUUCAGAUACCAGAACUGCAGCAUAGACUUUCGACGAUAUCCCAGCUCAUCCAGCCUCAACAAGACUGUUUGAAGGCCCUUCAAGAACAAUUAGCUACACAAAGGGAAGCCAUCAUCCACUCUAGACAAGAAGCUCAUCGAGAAACACUAAGAGAAUGGAAGGAAAAAAUAUUCCCAAAGCAGGUUGGUCCAUUUUCUCCCCUGAUACAGCAACAUUCACUUGCUUCAUUCCCUGUUUCUGAUACUGAAAGAGCACAAGAACUGUGUUCAACCAACAGUGACACCAUAUCUUCACGUUAUUCUGAGAUGCUGGAGUUGCCUGACAGUACAUUGGCUUUAUCACAUACUGCUUUACCUCAGCAGAAUAAUCUGACUGCACAUCCAGAACACCUUCAUGCACAAACAAAUUCCUUUCACUCUACUGAGAAAGCCCAAGGAGGGUUGGUGUUUCCCAGACCAUGUAAAUUUGAAGAGAUGUCUGCUGAGCAUUUUAUCCAACCUCAACAUGAUGACUUAAAGGCACUUCAACAGCAGUUAGAUAUGCAAAGGGAAGCCAUUAGAUCUGGCCAGGAAAUGCAAGAGAAAAUGCUUUUGCAAAGGUUAAAUAAAUUGGAGCAAAGGGUAUCUUCCAAACAAAUUAGCUCCUCUCCAUUUUCAUCCCAGGUAGCACUGCCCAUUGCCAAUUCUGACGGGACCUUACAGUCUUUCCCAACUAAAAGUGAUGAUACUGAGAUGCUCAGGUCCCAUGAUGAGUAUCUGAGCUUUUCACAGCCUUGUCUGCCUCUGCAGGAUAACAUGAGAGAGCAAUUGGACUUAGAAAAGGUAUUUCAUAAAGAACUGCUUUUACACAAACAAAAGAGCCAAAACAAAAGUGAAUCAUCUGAGCACUCCCUCCCUCCUUUGGUUCUGUCCAAGGAACUAGAGCAUCCAUUCAUUCCACUACCUUUUGCAGAAGCUAAAUCUAAAAGCAUUUGUGAGUUGUAUUUAUCUGAAAAGGAGCAUGCAGCUCCUAACGAUGCUGUGAUCCCAAGAUUGCAGGACAGACUUUUAAGCUAUUCCCAACCUAUCUUAACUCAGCAAGAUAACAUGAGUCUUCAGAAGCAGCUGAAUCUACAAAGAGAAGCUCUACACUCUAGGCAAAAAGCCCAAGAAGAAUUGCUUGUGCAGAGACAGACAUCCUUACAGCAGCAAAUCCAAAAACACAGAGAGAUUUUGAAAGAUUUCUUUAAUGUCAGUCAGGCAAGGAAUCCCACAGGUGAGAAUGACUUGGAAAUGCAGAAGAUAGAACAGCUUGGAGGGUGGUUUCCUCGCACCCAAGGCCUUACUUGGGGAGACGCAGGUCAGGGGAGCUCUAAUGGUGAGCAGCCACGUUCAGAUGUCCAUGCUGAGCACAAUGGUGAGAGUCUGGACAAAGAACUGAGUGGUAGAGCCCCAAAGCCACCUGUCUCCAAAGUUAAAUGUGUUUUGGACUUAUACCAGCAUGAACUUAGUACUAUACAGGAAGUAGAGUCACCAGCAAGUGGCAGAAUUUCCAUGCCAGGAAAAGCAGAGUUUUAUCAAGACCGAGACCCAUUAAGGGUCUCAGUAAGCAGAGAACAGAGUUUCUUGGAGAGCCCACUGGCACAUGAUCCAUUUGGUUGUCAUCAAACACCUGCCCAAGAGAACAGCAAAAGCCAUGAUGACAAUGCUGAAGCAGUUCAAGUGAAGAAAUCUGAUGUUGAGGAUCAUGCAGUACUGAGUCAUGCUAUCUCAAAAGAAGCAGCGUGUUCAUACCUGGGUCCACUUGUAAAGCCAGACAAUGAGGCUGAAACACAAGAGAUUUCUCAGGAGCCAUUGUCUUCAGUAACUGUUUCUACUGGAAGCUUCUUAAGUUAUGAAAUCACAGAUUUGAGCCUUACAGAUCCAGAGUCAUUUUCAGAACAGACAGAGCAUCUAGAACAAGAAUCUACCAAUAAGCAGGAAGAGACUGAUCCUCUUAGUUUUGUAGUCCCUUCAAUACAAGUUAUUUAUCAGCAGCAGCACUCCUUAUGUGCUCAUAACUCUCUGUUGCCCAUGGAGGAAGAAAGUACAUCUGAUCAUACACAUGUUCAGCAGAUCAUGGACAAGGAUGUGAAUGAAACAGAUUUGAUACCUGACAGAAGAGACUUUCAGGUUCCAGCUGUGGACCUUGACUUUCGAGAAUUGGAACACAUAUUUCCACACUUGCAUCGUCAGCUCUUUAAACCCUUAGAACCGCAUCUAGAUUGUGACUUACCAUCCCCUGGGACAUCUCAAGACGACAGAGACUUUUGCCAGGAGAGCUCGGCAUCUUCAUCUGAAAAACAUGUUAAGGCAUUGUCCACAAGCACAGUCUGCUUCACAGCACUGACGGCCAGCUCACAUUCUCCUAACCCAAGGCUGAGCCAACUUGAUACUAACCAGGCUCCUGCGACAACUGAGGGAUCUGAACAGUCUUUUCAACAGCUUCGACCAGAAUUCUCUUCACAGGAAAGUCAACAUGCUGACCUACCCAGUAUCUAUAGCAUUGAAGCAAGAGGGACUUCCCAAAGCAUGGAAAAACAGAACUGUUCUGAAAUAUUACAAAAUAAAAAAAAAAGUACUUCUCGCCAGCCCUCAACAGAGAAUUUGAGUCCUGCCUGUGGAUCAUCUGAUACUGCUCUAUUUGAUCAGUUACACCUGCAGCACAGCACUCCGUGUGGUACUAUCUCUAGUGAGUGCUCAGUAAAACAAUUAGAAAGCAGACAAGAAAUGUUCGGGUUUGAAGAGCUGUCGAGAAGAGCAGUUACAAUAUCACAAAGACUCACUGAAGAUGAAAAUGUAGUUCUACCUAUAAAUCCACAUGUAGGAAGAGUGGAGAUGGAGGCUUCAGUUCAAGGGUCUAAUCCAUUGAGUAUUCAAAAUGAAAAGCCAAUUCAGAACUUCAUUGAAACUGACACUACAGAAGCUGUAAGAAAUGUACGUCAGCUAGCACAAGCAGAGCACAUAUUAAAAUCUGAGUCCUGUCCGUUUUGGAGCCCUAUUCCAAUCUGGGAAACGGAAACUGGCUACGGUAUAAUGGAAGAACCAGAUCUCACUCUAGUGAGCACUAGUGACAUGAGCAUCGCUGAAACAGAUCUUGCAAACUUAACCCUUGAAGACAGAGAAGACAAUGAAGCACAGAGUUGUUUUCAGGCAGGUGUCAUUCUGCCUACAUCUUCAAUGGAGACCUCUGUUUGUGGAACUGUAUCAGAGCCUUAUGUGGACCAACCCACAGUGGUACCUUCAGCUACAUCAGGUAGUUUACAGGAAGCAUCUAUGACAAGAAAGACACUUAUGGAACGAUCCUACCAGAGGCAGAGAGAGAUCUGGAAUAAAACUCGCCUACCUCAAACCAAAGUUACACAGGCAGUUAACUGGGGUGAAACAGCAAAGAGAAGAGAAAACAAAGCAAGAAAAAGGAUGAGCAGUUCAACAAAGUACAAAUUAAAAAAUAAAGCACUAGAAACUCUAGACAUGCUGACUUCAUACUAAAGGUUCUCUUUUACUGAUUAAGUCAAAUAAAUUGAGGGAUUUGCUGUCCAUCCAGGUCACCUGAAAGACAAUGAGAUUAAUGAUUAGUUUACUUAAGUGAUUCAGGGAAAUGCAUGUUAUCUUCUCAGAAAAACACAGCACUAUCAAAACAGUGCAGGAUUUGUUCUGUGAAGAACAUUAAUCUUUGGUUAUUAUGAGCUGUGGGUUUUAUAGCCCAAAAGCUCUUUGUAUAUGGGGCUCAGGUGGGCAGGUAAAGGUCAAAAUGUAUGCAUAUAUACAUAUACAUAUAUGUAUAUAUGUAUGUAUACGUAUGUAUAUAUACACAUAUAUAUGUAUAUAUAUACAUACAUACAUGUCCACAGCAAAUGAGAAACUGCAUUCUAAAAGCCUUGGUAAUGACCGGCAUAAAAAUAAGCAGCAU